AUGGAUGAAAGAGCGCAGCUCAUACCAGCAGCAAAACUAAUAUCGCACUUGGCUCUGAUAGACAAGGAAGAGAAGAUAGACAAGAAGAGCAUUGCGAUACUUUCACAGUUCACAGAGAAAUACAUAAGUGAUAUACUGACACGGUCCGCCCUUCUCGCCAAGCACAAAGGAAGCCAAGUCGUGACGGGCGCAGAGGUUAAGUUUAUACUCGAAAAGGAGUUUGACUGCUUCAUUGCAACAGGAAACUAA